AUGAAUCAACCGCCCCAGUCUGGUCCUAACGGCCCCGCAGUCGAACAGUUCCUCAAGGAAGCCAAGGAGACGUGCGAGGCGCUCGCUGCCAUGCUUGGCUCCAUGGAUAUUGCUGCGGUCAUCACGACAGACAAGACCCCGGAAGAGUACCGCCUCGCUAUCAUUUACAGGGACGAGCUUGACGGAAUGCGAACCAUAGGCAGUUACUGGCAGACAUCGGUCCGGAACAUGCGCAUGAAUGCGCCGGAAGGAGAAAUGGCCAAGAAGCUCCAAGAUAUCGAUGAGGGCUUCGACAAAUUCCUCGCCGACAUUGAGAUUCUGUAUGAGAACGUCGUUUUGUGGAUUGAGAACUAA